GCAGAGUGGCUCCGCGACCUCCUGGGGGCGGGUCGCCGCUGGACCGCCCCAGCCCAGCCGGCCCCUUCUUGGAGGUGCCCCGUGAGUCUCCGAGAUUUGGCCGGAGUUGGGGUGCGGGCAGGUCCCUCGGCGGUGCGUCGCGGCGAUGGAGGGCGCGCAGGGGAGCCCCCCGGUGUCGCGCUCCCCCGCCCCCGGGUCUGACGAGCCAGCCGGCGCGGCCAGGGGCCCCGGGGGGUUGCCUCCCGGGGAGUCGGAGGGCUGCGCCCGGCCCCUCGAGACGGCCCCCAAGAAACUCUGUGGGUAUUUGAGUAAGUUUGGCGGCAAGGGGCCCAUCCGGGGCUGGAAAUCCCGCUGGUUCUUCUACGACGAGAGGAAAUGUCACCUGUAUUAUUCGCGGACCGCGCAGGAUGCCAAUCCCUUGGACAGCAUCGACCUCUCCAGCGCUGUCUUUGACUGCAAGGCGGACGCCGACGAAGGGACUUUCGAAAUCAAGACUCCCAGCCGGGUUAUUACCCUGAAGGCUGCCACCAAGCAAGUGAUGCUGUACUGGCUGCAGCAGCUGCAGAUGAAGCGCUGGGAGUUUCACAACGGCCUGCCUGCCGCCCCCGACGCCGCCCUGGCCGGGAACGGGCCCGCCCUGCGCCUCGAGCUAGAGCAAGAGGAGGCAGAGCUGGAGGAGUUCCUGUGCCCCGUGCAAACGCCCCCCGGGCUCGUGGGCGUGGCUGCUGCCCUGCAGCCGGUCCCUGCCCAGUCCUCGGCCCUUCAGAACAUUUCCCUCAAGCACCUGGGAACUGAAAUACAAAACACGAUGUACAACAUCCGAGGCAACAGGCAGGCGCAAGGAGCAGGCCACGGACCUCCAGGGGAGGAUUCUCCACCGAGCGGGGAGCCUUCGAGGGAGGAGCAGCCCUUGCCCCCUAACCCCAGUGCCCCAGCAGGGGAUGAUCCAGCAGACUCUGCAAAGCCUGCCCCCAAGUCCUCUCUGACCGCCAAUCUCAUUCAGAAAGCCAAGCGCCAGAACAACACCUUCCCGCUCUUCGGCGAAGGACUCACACGGAACCGGACCUCCCAGGAGAAAGUGUUGGCCUUGGAGCAGCAGGUUCUGAUACUCACCAAGGAGUUAAAGUCUCAGAAGGAGCUGGUGAGGAUCCUGCACAAGGCGCUGGAGGCUGCCCAGCAGGAGAAGAGGGCGUCCAGUGCGUACCUAGCGGCGGCCGAGGACAAGGACCGGCUGGAGCUGGUGCGACACAAAGUGCGGCAGAUCGCGGAGCUGGGCAGGCACGUGGAGGCGCUGGAGCAGGAGCGGGAGGGCCUGGUGCAGACGGCGAGCCUGCGCGAGCAACAGGUGCAGGAGCUGCAGCGGCACGUGCAGCUGCUCAUGGACAAGAACCAGGCCAAACAGCAGGUCAUCUGCCAGCUCUUGGAGAAGGUCACCCAGGACUUCAUGCAGCCCCACAACCAGCCGCCCACUCCCCCAGAUGCUGCCGACCGGGACUUCCUGAGCCAGCAGGAGAAGAUGGAGCACCUGAAGGAUGACAUGGAAGCAUACCGGACCCAGAACCGCUUUCUCAACUCCGAGAUCCACCAGGUCACAAAGCUCUGGAGAAGGGUGGCUGAGAGGGAGAAGGCCCUCCUGAUGAAGUGUGCCUACCUCCAAGCCAAGAACUGCCAGGUGGAGAGCAAGUACCUGGCGGGGCUGCGGAGGCUGCAGGAGGCCGUGGGGGACGAGGCCAGUGAGUGCUCGGAGCUGCUGAGGCAGCUCACCCAGGAGGCGCUGCAGUGGGAGGCCGGCGAGGCCUCGGCCGACAGCGGCGUGCUCAGCCCCAUCAGCGAGUAUGACGAGUAUGGCUUCCUGACCGUGCCCAACUACGAGGUGGAAGACCUGAAGCUGCUGGCCAAGAUCCAGGCGCUGGAAGUCUGCUCCCACCACCUGCUGGCCCACGAGGCUGUGGAGAGGCCACGGCGGGAGCGCUGGGCUGCGCUGGGCGAGCUGGCGCCCUCGGCCGAGCUCAAGCAGCUGCUGCGGGCCGGCGUGCCUCGCGAGCACCGGCCUCGGGUCUGGAGGUGGCUGGUCCGCCGCCGCGUCCAGCACCUGCAGGCCCCCGGCCGCUACCAGGAGCUGCUGAGCCGGGGCCAGGCCUGCAGUCAGCCUGCUGCCCGCCAGAUCGAGCUGGACCUGAACCGCACCUUCCCCAACAACAAGCAUUUCACCUGCCCCUCCUCCAGCUUCCCGGAGAAGCUCCGCCGGGUGCUGCUGGCCUUCUCCUGGCAGAACCCCUCCAUCGGCUACUGCCAGGGCCUGAACAGAAAUCUCAGCCGAUGCCGACAGCCAGCUCCUGGACGGAGCACCUGCUGGGCUCCAGUGGAAUGGGGUUGUGGGAGAGAACACCAAGCUGGGUUCAUGGAGUCCUGGGGUAUGUUUCCACUCUGCCACCAACUGACUUGGGGAGUUGGAGCAGUCACUUUUGCUUCCCACGCCUGGAUUUUCCCAUCUCUGCAGUGACCUGGGAUGAGGAGCAGGGGGCAGCUAGCUGCCUGGAGCCUUGGAACGGUUUCUGAGGUGGCCUUCAGACCCUGUGGGAAAGAGUGCCAUGAUCAAUUCGUUCUGUCUGCCCUGGGCAUAGACAAAGAGGGUGGUGGCCAGUGUGUCACAGUUGCUAUCCUAAACUAAGUGGCCUCUGAACGCCCCCCCACCCCCAUGUCCAGGAGACCUGUAACUAUUCUCUCCCUCUACUCAGCUCAGACUCAGGAGCGUUCGCACAAAUCUUUUAGCCAGAAUGGAGAGAAAUUCCUUCCCAGUCUUCUGGAGAGAAAAGAGAUUUAUUUUUUCUUUUGAGAAUUGACCCUGUUUGUAAAAAAAGCGUGAGUCUCAGAAGAGGUUGGAGGUCAUGAGCCCCAUCUGGUAGAGCCCAGGGAAGCAUAGGUCUCUGGAUGAUGAAAUGUGCUCUUGGAGUCUGUCCAGGGUGUCAGGCUGAUCGCGGUGUCCCGCUGAGGGUGGACAGCGCCCUGGCCGGCCCUGGGUCAGAGGGUCACAUGGGGUUGUUCAUACGCCUUUAAAGGGGCCAGAGGAGAAAGCGUUCUGCAGACAUCUGUGAAUCAGGAGCUGGUGUUCACCUAGCGUCUUAAGAGACCAGUGCGUUUUGGGGAUGUAUUCUUGGAUUGUUGCUGGACGAGCUCUGCCUGGGAGGAUGGGAGAAGUCGAGGGAACGGUGCUUCUUCAAAAGCGCCCCCCCCCCCCCCGGCCCGCCCUGUGGCUCCGUGGCUGCCUGGCUGUGA